UUUUUUUUGUUUUUUUUUUCCUCAGGGUCGUCCUGGGCAAAUGGGUGAGAUCGGACGGCCCGGACCGGAUGGGCCACAAGGGGGCAUAGGGCCUCGAGGGCCUAAAGGAGAGAAGGGCCACAUUGGACUUAAAGGACCAUCUGGGGACAAAGGAGACAAAGGACCAAUGGGAGUGCCUGGAUUUCGAGGAACUGAUGGAGUGCCUGGUCACCCGGGUCAGCAGGGCAGCAGGGGCCCACCAGGGAAGGACGGCUGUAACGGAACCAUGGGGGACCCCGGUCUGCCCGGCUAUGGCACGGGCACUCCGGGAUAUCCUGGCUUUCAAGGGCCAGCGGGGCCAAAAGGUCAGAAAGGAGACCCCAUCUACAUCACAGACAACACCGAGGGGGUACCAGGUGAACCAGGACCCAGGGGCCCACCUGGUCUCAGAGGUCCGACCGGCCCGCCGGGUUUCCAAGGUCCAAGAGGAAUUAACGGAUUCCCCGGACUCCCCGGCCCUCCUGGGCCCCAAGGGCCAGAGGGGAGCCGUGGCGACAUUUAUCGAGGAGGGAAAGGAGACAAGGGCGACGUGGGCUUGGCCGGCGAGCCUGGCCAGCCGUUGAUCAAUGUCAUUGUGGAGUUUGUGGGUUUUCCCAAAGGAGACAAAGGACUGCAGGGUGAUCCCGGCCCAAAGGGAUUAAAAGGAUACCCUGGUUUACCUGGACCACCUGGACCUUUUGGUUAUAGAGGUGAAUACGGGGAACAGGGCAUUCUCGGAUACCCAGGACCAAGAGGUCCUGCGGGUUUUGUCGGACCACCUGGCCCUUCUGGACUGAAGGGAUUACCGGGGGAACCAGGUUUCCUGGGACAACCAGGAUUCAUAGGACCCAAGGGAGACCAAGGUGACAUCGGACUCCCAGGACCUCCAAGUUACUUCAGUGAUGGAUCUUUUGUUCAAGGACCCCCAGGCGACCCGGGGUUUCCCGGCCUUCCGGGUAGCACCGGUGAUCAGGGACCUCCAGGAUCCACCGGGCCUCCGGGACCGCCAGGCCCUUUCCGCUUUGGUGGUCCAGGAGCUCCGGGUUUUCCUGGUGGCGCCGGGCCAAAAGGAGACAAGGGUAACCCGGGCUUACCAGCUUACGGCCCUGAGGGUUUCCAAGGUCCCCCUGGACCUGAUGGUCCUCCUGGUCCCCCUGGUCCUCCAGGUCCUCAAGACAGCUCAGGCCGGCCCAGGGACCCCUGUGAUAUCUAUCCUCCUGACAGGCCCACAGGUGCCCCCAGUAAAGGCCCCCCUGGAAACCCUGGGCCGCCUGGCCAGACGGGAUUUCCAGGAAACUCGGGACUUAAAGGCUUUAGAGGUGACCCCGGUGACUGUAACUGUGGAGGAGGAGGAGGAGGUGUCGGCCUGCCCGGGUUACCUGGACCUCAAGGACCCAGAGGCAACUUUGGCUUCCCAGGGCGUAAAGGUGAGCCCGGUAACCCGGGUUCUCCUGGUUUCAACGGCAGUCCGGGGGCGCCUGGUCGUGAGGGUGAGAGGGGAUUCAUUGGGCGUAAAGGACAGAAGGGGGAAUCGUCCUUCUCCGGUUUCGGGGUGAAGGGAGAUCGAGGGACACCUGGACUCAGAGGACCUACGGGUGAAACAGGAAACCCUGGCAGAGACGGUUUGCCUGGCUUCGCUGGCCCCCCAGGACCCCCGGGUGAUGGUGGUGUUGGCACAAUCGGUGAGAAGGGUUUCCCAGGAUUUCCUGGAGGCAAAGGUCGACCUGGUGCCCCUGGCGAUCCUGGAUUCGGCUACCCCGGCCUACCGGGCCGUCGAGGUGAAAAAGGAGAGCCUGGGAUCCCUGGGUUUCCUGGACAGCCAGGUCCACCAGGCCCACAAGGUGACAACAGCUGUGGAGGGGUUAUUGACGCCGGAGAGGGAACGGGCGAUAAGCUACCUUGCACCAUAUAUGGUGAACCUGGAGAUCAAGGUGAACGUGGCAGGCCUGGACGACCAGGCCCCCAAGGCCAGCCAGGCUUCCCAGGAUCCCCUGGAGGUCGAGGGUUUGAUGGCGCCAAGGGACAGAAGGGAGAUCCUGGUUUUGGAGGCCUACCAGGACCACAAGGUUUUCCUGGACCCAGAGGAGAUCCCGGAGUUCCAGGUAUUCCGGGAGUUGGCUACGAUGGGCCCAAAGGGAAAGACGGCCUUCCAGGACCUCCUGGACCCAAAGGCCAGCCUGGAGAAGUCCUGGGAGUAAGACCUGGAGCUCCAGGAGAGGCUGGCAUACCUGGUGCACCCGGAGACAAGGGCCCGCCAGGGAGUCCAGGAACACCCGGAUCACCCGGCUUCGAUGGACGGCCUGGUGUUUCCGGUCUGAAGGGAGAGCGUGGAGUGGACGGCCGGCCGGGCAUUCCGGGUCUUCCCGGACUUCCAGGCGGCGCGGCCAAUCCCAUCCCCGGUCCACCCGGAUCUCCCGGCAGCAAAGGACUCAUCGGACCGCCAGGCUGCCCAGGUUAUCGCGGUCGGAAAGGUGAACCGGGAGAACAAGGAUUCCCGGGCCCUGCUGGAAUGAAAGGAACCCCGGGAUUCCCUGGUCCAAACGGAGGAACAGGUCCAAGAGGACCCCCUGGACUGCCAGGUCCUGGAACCGUUCCUGGAAGACCCGGAACGCCUGGAAGAAAGGGUGAAAGAGGAUUCUCGGGGCUGAUGGGUUUCCCCGGACGACCGGGUCGUCCCGGAAGUCCAGGAUUUCCCGGUGGGAAAGGGUUUCCCGGAGACCGUGGGAGAGAUGGGUUUCCUGGAGGUCCUGGACUGUUUGGACUGAAAGGUGACGGAGGAAACCCCGGGCCCCCUGGUAUUCCAGGCCCUCCUAGUUUAGUGCAGAAAGGUGCACCAGGGGUCAACGGAGCCCCCGGCUUUGAGGGCUUUACUGGACCUAGAGGUGACAAGGGUCUCCCAGGCCUGCCUGGUCGUCCGGGUUCUCCAGGUCGUCCCGGCUUCCCCGUGGACAGCAAAGGCCAGGCCGGAGAGCCGGGUUUCCCUGGGCGGCCCGGCCCACCGGGCUUCCCUGGACCAAAGGGGGAAGGAGGAAUCAUGGGAUUCCCAGGAUUGACGGGACCGAGGGGUGACGACGGCUCGCCGGGAUUCCCCGGAAAUCCUGGAGAAUUCGGCCGAACCGGAGCCAAAGGUCCACCUGGAGAGACGUUUGCCUAUCCUGGAGCACCGGGAGUGAAAGGCCAGACUGGAGAUUCAGGUUUUCCAGGCUCUCGAGGCAUCGACGGUUCCCUUGGCGACAGGGGUUUUCCGGGACGCCGAGGUCCUGAUGGACAAAAGGGCAUUCCCGGUGAAACGGGGCGACCCGGAACGAUGGGUCCACCUGGGAUCCCUGGGCCGCAGGGUCAGCCCGGAUUCCCUGGGAGACGAGGAUCAGACGGGUCCCCGGGACCACCCGGAGGCCCAGGUGACGUCGGUUUUAAAGGUUUGUCUGGAGCGCCGGGGCUGGACGGACUCAAUGGCCUCGCCGGUCCGAAAGGCCCUCCUGGAAUCCCAGGUACAACAAUAGGGGGAGACCCAGGCCCCCGCGGUGCGCCGGGACAGAAAGGAGAGAGAGGUGUUUCCUUCCCUGGACAACCAGGCUUCCCUGGACCAAAGGGACAGAGAGGAGAUUUGGGAACUUUUGGACGUCCAGGGUUCCCUGGACGUCCCGGACCUCCUGGUCCAAGUACUUCAUCAAACUUCCCAGGGCCAGUGGGAGACCCCGGACUUCCUGGAUUGGAUGGAGAAUACGGUUUCCAGGGCCCUCCCGGUCCUCCCGGGCCACCGGGUCCCGGCACAGCACAAGGAGACACAGGAGACCCAGGGCUCCCAGGGUUCCCUGGAAUCCCCGGCCCAAAGGGAGAAACAGGAAGUCCUGGAGGCCCCGGAUUCCCAGGCUUCCCUGGCUUAAAAGGAGCUCCGGGUGACAACGGGCUAGCCGGUGCUCCAGGUGUGAAAGGAUUGCCCGGCGAGCCCGGAUUCUUCGGAUUCAAAGGGCGUCGAGGAUCACCGGGGCGACCUGGACGUAAGGGUGCUCCCGGAAUCCCAGGGCCGUACAUACCGCCCCCUGCACCUAUUGGAGAGCCUGGUUUACCCGGCAACAAAGGACAACUCGGUCGUCUCGGAGAGCCCGGCCAGCCUGGUCUCUCUGGACGUCCAGGUCUAAAGGGUCGCCCCGGCGCUGCGGGUGAGCUCGGCAGGACUGGACCGCCCGGUUUUCCUGGGCCGGUUGGGGAUCCGGGCAUCCCUGGAUUCCCAGGGAUCACUGGAGAUCAAGGUUUUCCCGGAGCCAUCGGUCGUCCCGGUAUUCCCGGAGGCGCCGGCCGCAGCAUCGGCAUCGGCUACACUCUGGUGAAGCACAGCCAGACUACCAAUGUCCCCAUGUGUCCCCAAGGCAUGGCCCAACUGUGGGAAGGAUACAGCCUGCUGUACGUGGAGGGACAGGAGAAGGCACACAACCAAGACCUUGGUCAGCCGGGUUCGUGCCUCCCCAGGUUCAACACCAUCCCCUUCCUCUACUGCAACCCAUCUGAGACCUGCUACUACGCGAGCCGCAACGACAAAUCCUUCUGGCUCUCCACGACCGCGCCCAUCCCCAUGAUGCCUGUGGCCGAGGAGCAGAUCCGGCCUUACGUCAGCAGGUGUUCAGUGUGCGAGGCUCCAUCUCAGGCAGUGGCGGUCCACAGUCAGGACCUAACCAUCCCUACCUGCCCACGCGGCUGGAGGAGUCUUUGGAUCGGGUAUUCCUUCCUCAUGCACACGGCAGCCGGCGCCGAGGGCGGCGGUCAGUCCCUGAUGUCUCCCGGCUCUUGCCUGGAAGACUUCCGAGCGACCCCGUUCAUCGAGUGCAACGGCGCCAGGGGCACCUGCCACUACUUCGCCAACAAGUACAGCUUCUGGCUCACCACAGUCGACCCCCGGCUGGAGUUUGGCGCGCCGACGCAGCAGGAGACCCUGAAGGGCGGUCAGGAACGCUCCAGGGUCAGCCGCUGCCAAGUCUGCAGCAAGAUCUUGUAGCUGUCAAACAGAGCAGAGAGAGGAAGAAACGCCAGGACUAGCACUUGAUGGAGAACAAGAACAUGUGAUUGACUUGAAAAGAAGAAGCUGUCUUUUCCAUUUUAUCCCCUUUAGGAGCCGCAGGCUCAUCGACAAAAGACGCUGGAGGGAGGAUGUGGAUAGAGAAGAACGCCGGAGGGAUUUCUAACCUCUGGACUUACACUGACAAUGGUGCUAUUGUUGAUGUUUAUGUUUAUCUUUUGUCUGAAUUCACGGUGUUUGGUUAGAAUCAUUCUCUGCUACCUCGAAGAGAGCCACCUCUUUAGCUAGCUAAGCACACACCCACGGAGGGACGACCCCUUCACACGUCUCAGCUCAGACGCAUGCCCUCACUGUAAUUUAUAGGCGCCAUAGCGAAUAGUUUUACUCUCUCCACUGAACUGUCGGUUUGUGCCCCGUUCAUAGCUUUCAGGAAGACGUGACCCACAAAAACAUGCUGGCGAGUUAGCAUGUGCUGCAAUACACAGCUAAAAUGUUAGCUGGUGAGAUUUGUUUGAGGGUGUGGAUAUUUAAUAUUAGACGUUUUCAUUUUAAUUCAUGUUCUACCAAGUUUUUUUUCCACUUUGUAAAACUUUAAACUUUUAGUUUUUGUUUAAUUUGAUUUGCAGUAUGACAAAAAGAAAUUCAAAAAUUUUAAUUUUUAAAGCUGGAUGCCCUAAAUAGAAGGUCUGCAAUUAACAGUUAUCACCAUCGGAUCUUCAUGUUAGGUGUUAUUUCUGCUUAUGGUAGAUUUUAUAGAAUUACAACUAAUGCACUGAGUUUUCUCACUAAUGCACUCAAAACUCAUAUGCUAACAUGCUAGCAUGUUGCCUCGCUAACAUGGUAAAGCAUGUUAGCUAAAGCCAUCUGAACAAGACAACGCCACGAUCUUUACAGAAUAAAGAAUUGAGCCUUCCUACUUGUCUUUAGUGAUAUCUACAAUUGAUAAAGGAAUAUCCAUUGCAUUACAAUUUUAAUGUAAUCCAGACAGAAUAGGUUCUGAGCUAAUUUCUUCCCUCCCCUUUUUGUACAGAGAAACAAAUAGCAAAUCAGUUUCUUUUUGUAUGUACUUAAGUAUACUCAUGAAUUUUAAUAUAAAUAAAAAAAAUACUCAAAUAUUUUGUAUAAUUUAAUUAAAUUUUCUGAGGUCUUAAUAUUUCACCCUAUUUCAAUUUGUUUAGGUUUCUAUUCCCAUCUGAACCAGUUGACCUACUUAUGAAAUAUGAGAUUUGGACUCCUGAUCAAACCAAAGCAUCUCUAAGUGAAACCUGCUGGAGGGUUUUAUUUAUUAGUCAUUUUGUUCUCAAAACAACUUGGAACUACAAAGGCACAAAAUACAGAAUAUAUCAGUAAGUCCACGUAACAUUUUUCAACACAUCACAAUCACUUUUUGGUGUCAACUUGUGUUGAGCAGAGUCGUUAUUUAAUAAGCUGAAAUAUUUAAGAUCACUGUGUUCAAAGUGGUUUUGGCGAAAGGAAUAGUCUUAAAGAAGCACCAUUAUUUGUGAAUUAUUUUCUUAACUGAAACAAAAGCAAAUCAGCACUUUUUCCCUCUAAGUGACACAAACUGAGAGUCCGCAAGAGUUUUAGAUCAGAACAAACGACUGACGGUGCACCGACGUGAAUCCAGACGGGUCACAAGCCCAGCGAAGUGGGUCAGUCUCAGCUUUUCAUUGCGUUGUGACCAAACUGUUACUUUUACAAAGCGUCUUCGGUGUUAUGUUUUUUUGACAAACACAACCUUUUUCUCUUAUUCUUCCAGCAGCAUUUCCAAAAAACGAAAAUGUUUUAAACUCUAUUAGCUCUAUUGUUUUUUCUUUGCCUUCGUGCUGUUUUUUCAUAUAAAAAAAAAAAAGAAAAUGUCGAAUGUUCUGCUCACGUAGCCACUAUGACCACUUCAUCUAGCGUGUCUCUCGUCUGGUAGCUCUGACACUUCACCUUUAUUCUGCGGUUUUCAUUAGCAUUUGCUAUUUUUGUAAUCUAGAUUGUAAUUAUUUUGUACCUGUGUCAUAAUACAACCUCCUGGUGUCAUUUACUGACGAUGGAGGUGAUGAGAAUAUGAUGUUCUGUACAUUUAUGGAAAAAUGCUUCUAGGAGUUUUUUGUUUGUUGUAAUCACAUGACUAUUAAACAGUUGUUUGACCCUCA